AUCCUUGACCCAAGAAUACUCCGGCUCAAACCCAGAACAGCGAAACGAGGUAUGUAGCAAACUUGUUUCUAAUGAGACCGUACCAUCCAAUUCACUACCAGACGCCCCGUCUGCAGUCAUUGUUUCAUUAAAUGAGACCACAAAUGACAUACAGUCAGAAGAACAAGGCGAAACACCUUCUCCUUGUUUGACACCAGGUACUCUGCCAGCUGAUGGUACAGUACUUGCCCCUCCUGUCAAGGUUUGUUUGUUGAAAUCCAUAUCAGCAUUAGCAAAACCGGUAUGCGAGUUUGUUCUGAAUUGCGACGUGUCGGACAAUGUUGUCAGUGCGAAGCUCUUGCAAAUUCAGAAUGGUACAGAACAUGUCAUUGCCUAUGGCAGUUACAUCCUAACGGAAGAAGAGCAGAAAUACUGCACUACGAGAAAAGAGCUGUUAGCAGUUGUAAGAUUCACUCGGCAGUAUAGACAUUAUUUGCUUGGUAGACCUUUUAAGGUCCGGACCGACCACUCAAGUUUGACUUGGUUGUUAAAUUACAAAGAACCGCAGGAUCAGUUAGCUUGUUGGAUUGAGGAAUUGGCUCAGUUCAACAUGGUCUUGGAGUGCCGAUCAGGAAAGAAGUCACAUCCUGGUCACUGCAAUUCAUAUGUAGCUGGAGUUGCAGUUGGAGAUCUUCCUUGCGGUGGUUGUAAUUAUUGUGUGAGGGCUGACAACCAAUGUGGUUCAUUUUCCCGGAAGGUAGAUGUAGUUCCGAUGACAGCGCAGAAGGCUGAGGUUGGGGAAGGUCGCGCCUUCGUGAACCCAGCAUCCGGGAGCGUCUGUCAGGGAGUGGGGGCUACAGCCACAUUGGGUAGUACACAACGGGCACAUAGUAUCUCGUGGCCGGAGGGCUCAAUGAUACAGAGUGAGAUUGUGCACAGGGGAUCAGCGAGUGCUCAAUACAUUACAGAGCAACAACACCAUGUCUGUGACGACAGUGGCAAGCUGGUGGACAGAGUGGGCUCUCAGCAAAUAGCUGUCUCUGAAGUAGCCGUUUCAACUGAGCCUGAUACUCAGGCUUCUCCGACAACAGCAGAAAGCAGGACAUGGGAUCCAGGGGGGCAUGAAGUAUCAAUGACAGCCAACGCUUAUAGUCAGCGGCUGUAAGCAGUAUCCUGAAAUACAGGAUUAGCUGCCUUCCUUUUCUUCUAGGUGGGAGGGGGAAGGUGAAGUAGAUGGGUUUACAAAAGUUAAGCCCAUAACACCUAGUUGCAGUUGGUUACUUCAAGUAGCCUCAACCAGAAGUGCUGGAAGUAAAUAUUUACUGAUGUAGAUAUUUUGGUAGACGUCGGCGGCUCGUUCAACUUACUGGUUGGACCUAGCCCUAGCAGUGAUCUUGUCAGAUACUUAUGACUUGAUCAGCCUUCUACAGACCCCGGUGCCGUCCCAACAAAAGAAACAGGGGGAGAGUGUAGUGCGAGUGCACUCUUUGACCUGUUGACACAUGAAGUGCUGACGUCACUGGUCUGUGAGCAUAUCACGGGGAGUUCGAGAUCAGCUGUAGAAGAAGCAAGACGUACUUUGAUAUACUGCUUAAUAAAAGACCUCACGUGUGCUUUCCCUAAAGUUAAUGGUAAGCUAGGUUUGGUCUAAGUAAUAAUAGGGAAUACUUUAACAUUGUCUCGGGUUAAAUGCCCGUUUGAAUUUUUUUCGAUCUUGUCUUAUUUUCAUAUUAAACGCGACAUUACUGUUGUUUUUAGUGUCAAAAGGUCAUCUAAAGAUAAUCUUCAAUUAAAGUCAAAAUGAUUUCUCUCUGCUCGCUUAUCUGGGGUGUGUGCUCUGUUUGGGUACUGCUGGGUGCAUUGUUUGUGGCAUUUCCUCAGUACAGCCCAGCUGUAAUUCUUGAUCUCUAUGUUUAUGGAAAGAUAAGAAAAACGGACGGCAAAAGCAAGCAGUCCGAUUUUUUAUUGUUUCCAAAGAGUUUUUUCAGCCAUUUCUACCUAGGUGGCAUCAUAUGGAUAUCCACGCUAUUGGUGCUAAGUUUGUCUGUGGCAUGCCAGGGUGGGGAGUUUCCCGACAUUGUCAACUUCCUGAUUGAUCUGAUGAGAUACCCAAAUGUGAAAGUGCAUGGGGAUGUGUUUCCAACACUGUUGGUGCUGGUAUGUUCGGACAUCCAGGUGGUGCGGCGAUUCCUGGAGUGUAAGCUGGUCAGUGUUUACUCCCCUGGAGGGAAGAUGAGCAUCAUAAUCUACCUGGUCGGGGUCUGCUUCUACGCCGCUUUACCUCUCACCACCGUGUCUGGGACUGACUUUACACAGAAAAUCUGCUGUGCAAGUUUUCUUGAUGAUGUGAAGUUUUACCAUGCUGUUGGAGUUUCUGUGUUUCUGUGGGCUUCUUGGCAUCAGAACCGUGCUGUCAACCAGUUCGCAAAGCUAAGGCAAAACAAGUCCGGUUCAGUAGAGAACACCCGUCACCACAUACCCCAUGGCGGCCUGUUCCAGUUUGUCUCAUGCCCCCACUACACCAUGGAGAUCAUCAUAUACCUCUCCCUCUGCAUCAUCAUCACAGCCUUCCAGAACAACAUGCUGGUUGCCCUGUUUGUGUUCGUCCUCAUCAACCAGGUGGUCACGGGAUACUUUACCCAUGCCUGGUAUAAGGAGACAUUUAAGAACUACCCCAAGGAUAGGAAAGCUGUGCUUCCUUUCUUGCUUUAGUGUGCAAAAUUUAUUUUACAUAACACAAUAAUCUGGUCAUAAAUGACCAAAGGCUAAUUAUAUUGUAUCUUCUGAAGAUUGAAUACACUUGCAUGUUGUGAAUAGAGUUGUCAAUUGCAUUCAUAUUUGUAUACCCCCCCCCCCCCCCCCCCCCCACACACACACACACACACACACACUUGGUGGUGGUGGCUAUAUAGGAAUCACCUUGUCCCAUCUGUCAGUCCGUCUUUGCCGUUCCAUUCUUCUGGUCAACUGGACAUGUCUAAAUUUCUCCAUUACUCCAUAUGUUUAAAGUAAAUGACUUCAAAUCUCCAUACAAAUAAUGUUUUUUACUGUUUUGAGGUGAAGUGCUGUGCAAAAGAAACAUUUUAUUUUUUUUGUCCAUGGCAUUUUUAGAGAUAACAGUCAACUCAAUUAAAAACUGUGCUAUGCCUAACUAAACUAAUAAAACAUCAUGCCUUAUCUCACAGACGUUACAGUCCCUUUAUCUGUAUAGUAACUUAUGAUCUUAACUUAAUUGAUACCUUCUCAAUGACAUAGGGCAUUCAAAGAGCAUCAUGACAUAGGGCAUUCAAUGAGCAAACAUGACUUAGAGCAUUGAAGUAGCAUACAUGACUUAAGGCAUUCAAUGAGCAUCCAAUAGUAAGGGCAUUGAAAUAGCAUACAUUACUAAGGGCAUUGCAAUAGCAUACAUGACAUAGGGCAUAGAAGUAGCAUACAUUACUAAGGGCAUUGCAAUAGCAUACAUGACAUAGGGCAUAGAAGUAGCAUACAUGACUUAGGGCAUUGCAAUAGCAUACAUGACAUAGGGCAUAGAAGUAGCAUACAUGACUUAGGGCAUUGCAAUAGCAUACAUGACAUAGGGCAUAGAAGUAGCAUACAUGACAUAGGGCAUUGCAAUAGCAUACAUGACUUAGGGCAUAGAAGUAGCAUACAUGACUUAGGGCAUUGCAAUAGCAUACAUGACAUACUGCAUUGAAAUAGCAUACAUGACUUAGGGCAUUCAAGGAGCAUAUAUGACAUAGGGCAUUUAAGGAGCAUACAUGACUCUCAGUCUUACUAAAUUCUUAUAAUGAGGUGGUGUGGUGGGGGUAUGACUCACAUGCAUUGAUAUUUCUUGUUUUUACUGCUGCUUGUUUCUGUGUUGAUGUACAUGUAUAUCUGUGCUAAGUCAAUAUGUUGAUGUAUACCUGUUCUAAGUGAAUGCUCAUUGUUUUGAUUUACAAGCUUAUGAUACUGUUGUAGUGUAAUUUAAAAAAAAAAUCUGGCAUAAUUGUAAUGUGUAGUUUGUAUCGAUAUUAAAUCCAUGUUUCAUUUUUUACGGGUGGGUAUAAAGUGAAGCUUUUUAUGCAGACAGCGUUAUGCAAACUGCCUGUUUAGGUUAUAAUGUACCGUAUAAUUUCUGUACAUUUGCUGAAAAUGUAUUUCAAACGAGCAAAAAAUGAAAUGCAAUACUUUUUCAUUUGUUUUUAUUAAGGAAGGAUAUUGAAACAUAUAUUUGAUGUUAUCAAGAAAUCCAUGUACCACUUUUGAUUACACAGUUCUCAAAAGUCACUGAACUUUUCAAAGACGCAUUUUGCAUUUCAAAUUGUUUUUGAAAUCAUAUUCAAGUGUAUCAUUAGUUCAUGUUUAGCCAUAACAUUUUAUUCAAUGUUGUUUAUUUCUGUGAUUAUAUGCAUUUGUAUUACAUAAGAUCCAGUAUUAUAACAGUUUUAAUAAUAUUAACAUGAGAUGUUCAUUACUGAACAUUGUGGAGGAAUAAAAAUACAAAAUGA